AAUAAAAUUUAAUUUAUGUCAAAGUAUUAAUCAAUCUAAAGCCCUUAAACACGAGCAUCUCAUACGUCAUAAAUUGGUCAGACAAUUUUUAUCUAUAUUUUUUUUUUCGAAGAAGAAGAAAAAAAAGAAAAGACAUUUCUUUAUGUGGAUAAAAACAUGUCAUGUCUUUCAAAAUGUGACAUGAUAUGUCUCGUAAUGAACAACGAAUUAAUAGGUAUAUUCUACGAAAUUACAAAAGACGUAUAAUUCAUGAUAGGACGCAAGUGCCACGAUAUACGUAAUUGCGAUUGAUAUCACAAGGAUAUCGAUAAACCGUAAAGUAGGAUGUGUUAGCCGACGUUAGUCUGUCAGUCUUCAAGUUAGUCUACCAUCGUUAAGACAAAACGGUAAAGCCAUGAUCGAAAAUCUUAAACAAGCAUUUUUUCCUCUUUUGCUUACCGGCUCUAUACUCGGAAUAAUCAUUAUUGAAUAUCCUACGUACAAAUUUAUCAUUUAUAUUAACAUUAUAUAUAUAUUGUGUUGGUGGAUCGGUUACUUCACAUUUUUCAAAUAUCUCUUCAAUUCUAGCUUAUUUAAUAUUUUAUUUGAUAAUAUCGCAUCCAUUAUCGUUCUUCACUUCAACAUGAUCACAACGAUUACGUCGAUGGUCUUCUGCCUGUACAACAGCAAAAAACUUGCAAAUUGUUUGAAAAGGAUGACUGCGCUCGAUGAUACUUUGAAAGGACUUGGUUUUCAAACGGAAUAUAAAAAUGUACGAAUAUUAAUGAUAUUCGUCGUUAUAGGAUGGCUCGUAACAGUUGUUUUAUUGAACCUUUCCGAACUUUUCUUACAUGUAAAAGUAAUCGAUAUGUCGAGAAUUAUUAUUACAUGCUUAAUUAAUCAGCCCAUUCAUAACAACACGAUUUUGGAUCUUAUAUUCAUCAUUCUUUUGUUAUAUGAAAGAACUAGAUUCUGUAAGUUAAAUGAAUAUAUAACUCAACGUUGUAAGAUAUGUAAACAUCGCUCUACAAAAAUAAUGUCUGAAGAGAUUACGACAAGUACAACAAAUUAUUCUAAUGCAAUAAAUAUUAACGAAGGAUUGCGAGGAAAUGGAGUUACAAACGAUUUCAAGAGUUUCGAUAUAUGGAUAACAAUGCAUAUUCAUCUGGAAUUGAGUACAAUAUGUGAUGAUUUAAAUACAAUAUUUGGAGCAGCAAUACUUUUAGAGAUGAUAUCUUUCUUUAUUUGCGAAAUAGGCUUAAUUUGCGAAUUGUAUUAUGCAUUUACUAAUUUACAUACUUGGGAAUCGGAUAGGAUAAAGAGUGUCUUAGAUAUUGUUAUAUGGAGUACAUUUUAUAUAAUCAAAUUACUCUCAAUUAAUUAUAUAUGCGAGAUAGUUAAGGCUGAGGCAAAUAGGACGCAAGUACUUAUUCAGAAAGUAAUGGAUUCCUUUCAUAUUACAAUACGCGAAGAGGUUUUUCAAUUCAUAUCCGAAAUGACUUAUAAGCGAUUGAAAUUUUCCGCAUUUGGUUUUUACGAAUAUGGUUACAAAUUUAUUCGACAGUUUUUUAAAGGUAUUACAACCUUUCUGAUAAUCUUAUUACAAAUGGAAACUUCACCUGAGAUUCCUAAUGACAUUACAACUUCAUCAACAUUAACAACAAUAGAAUCUAAUCUAUACAAUAGAUCAAUGUAAAAAUGUAAAGAUUAAUAGAAUAAAUAAUCU